UUUCCUUCUCUUCUCAUCGUGAUAAAUUUAUCUCAGUAAUCAUGACGAAACCAUAAAAAUCCUUCCAAUUUGAUCUUAUCCUAUUCUAUUACCCUCUCUAUUGAUUUAUUGCUUGUUUUCUCCUCUUUUCACUUUUCCUCUUCUGGUGGGCUCUGUCGUUCCCGGCCCCUUCUUAUUGCAGGGAAGGAAAGCGGCGAGUUCGCCAGAUUACGAGCUGUGAUCGGAGGAGAGAGAAGCUGCGAGGUGACUUUGAGAGGAAAGUGCACCAUUUGGGGUGGCCUUCUUCCUCUUUCUGAUUUUGAGGUAAAAAGCGGUCCUUUCUUGUUUUUGUCUCGCCGGAGGAAGUCGCAUUGUCUUCGCUGUUGUGUCCCUGCGCUGAUUUUUCGGAUACGUGGAGGAAAUACGUUCCUGACGCCGGUUAUAUUGGAAAGGCGCGAUCUUGGUCGCCUGCGGUAGACGGCCGAGGCAAUGGCGCCAUCGUUUGGGUGGUGGGACAAGGAGGCCCACCGGGGGACGCCGGUGGUCGUCAAGAUGGAGAAUCCCAACUGGUCCAUAGCCGAGAUAUCGUCCCCCGACGACGAUGAGUACGACGCUGGCGGGGGACGUGCUUCGCGGAAGAAGAACGCGAAACAGAUCACGUGGGUCCUCCUCCUCAAAGCGCACCGCGCCGCGGGGUGCCUCACCUCCCUCGCUUCUGCCGCCGUCAGCCUCGCGUCCGCCGUCCGCCGCCGCGUGGCAUCCGGGAGGACGGACUCCGAUGCCGCUGCCACCGCCGCUUCGUCCUCUCCGGCCGAAGAGAGCCCUCUCCUGCGCUCCAGGUUCUACUCCUUCAUCAAGAUCUUCCUCUGGAUGUCCAUCCUCCUGCUGUGCUUCGAGGCCGCCGCCUACCUCAAAGGCUGGCAUUUGAGCGCUGCCGCCUCGCAGAUGCCUCGGAUGGUUCUUCCGACCUCCUUUGCCGUCCGGGUGCUCCUGGAGUCGCUCUACACCGGGUGGGUCAGCUUCCGGGUGGAGUACAUCGCUCCAGCGCUCCAAUUCCUCGCCGACGCCUGCGUCAUCCUCUUCCUCAUCCAGAGCGCCGAUCGCCUCAUCCUCUGCGUCGGCUGCUUCUUGAUCCGCCUCAAAGGGAUCAAGCCUAUCCCCAAGCGUCCCAUCGGAGCCUCCUCCGACGAUGUCGAAUCCGGGGGCGAGGACUACCCCAGGGUGCUAGUCCAGAUACCAAUGUGCAAUGAAAAAGAAGUGUAUCAGCAAUCUAUAGCUGCAGUGUGCAAUUUAGACUGGCCGAGGCCCAACAUUAUGGUUCAGGUUUUGGAUGACUCCGAUGAUCCCACAACUCAAGCAUUGAUCAAGGAGGAAGUGGAGAACUGGCAGCAGAAAGGAGCUCCGAUCGUGUAUCUGCACAGGGAGCUUAGGGUGGGUUACAAGGCAGGUAACCUGAAAUCAGCCAUGAAUUGUAGCUAUGUCAAGGACUAUGAGUUUGUUGCCAUUUUCGACGCCGACUUCCAACCCAUGCCUGACUUCCUAAAGCGGACUGUGCCUCAUUUCACGGACAAUGAGGAUUUGGGAUUAGUUCAGGCGAGAUGGUCUUUUGUUAACAAAGACGAGAAUUUGCUCACGCGGUUGCAGAACAUCAACAUGUGCUUCCACUUUGAAGUGGAGCAACAGGUAAACGGGGCAUUCAUCAACUUCUUCGGGUUUAAUGGCACCGCCGGAGUUUGGAGGAUCAGGGCAUUAGAAGACGCAGGAGGAUGGCUUGAGAGGACCACUGUCGAGGACAUGGACAUCGCAGUUCGGGCUCAUCUCAAAGGGUGGAAGUUUAUCUUCCUUAAUGAUGUGGAGUGCCAAUGUGAGUUGCCAGAAUCAUACGAAGCUUACAGAAAGCAACAACAUCGUUGGCAUUCAGGUCCUAUGCAAUUAUUUAGGCUAUGCUUGCCCAACAUUAUCAGAUCGGAGAUUGGAUUCUGGAAGAAGUCCAACUUGAUAUUUCUCUUCUUCCUACUUCGGAAGCUCAUAUUGCCAUUCUAUUCCUUCACUCUGUUCUGCAUCAUCCUCCCCCUAACAAUGUUCGUUCCCGAAGCCGAACUCCCAGCAUGGGUCGUCUGCUAUGUCCCUGCAACAAUGUCAGUCCUGAACAUCCUACCGGCUCCGAGAUCCUUCCCUUUUAUUGUCCCUUAUCUUCUCUUUGAGAACACCAUGUCGGUGACGAAGUUCAACGCGAUGAUCUCCGGCCUCUUCCAGCUUGGCAGUGCCUAUGAGUGGGUCGUCACCAAAAAGUCCGGCCGGUCUUCAGAGAACGAUCUCGUGUCUAUGACAAAGGCGCCUGAGGAAACUCAAGACUCCUCUGUGCCUGACCUUGAGACCAUCGCAAAUCCUGAUCCCGGACCAAAAAAGAAGUCCAACAAGCAUAACAGGAUUUACCAAAAGGAGCUAGCGCUUGCCUUCCUUCUCUUAACUGCUUCGGCUCGAAGCUUGCUGUCGGCCCAUGGUAUCCAUUUCUACUUCCUUCUCUUCCAGGGGAUUUCAUUCCUACUGGUGGGUCUUGAUCUGAUCGGUGAGCAAAUCGACUGAACUGUCCGAGGUACCCAAAGAAAUUUCGUAUUACCGAUAUUAGCUAGCUCGUCGAGAAGGGAGUGCAGCCCUGGCGACGACUUUCUACAGAGAUUCAGGUAAAAACUUCCUCAUCGUGGAGGCGUAGAUAGUCUCAGUGUUCGUCGACCUGUCGAAUGGCUCAUUCUUUUAUGUGCCAUUCUUUUGCAAGGAAAAUUCGAUGCUCAGAAAGGCUAGGGAAUAAACUUAUAUAGUUGUGCUUCCUACCGUGAAUAUAAUUCCCGAAGAAGAAGAAGAAGAAGAAGAAGAAGAAGAAGAGCUAGCAUUUGCGCCGAUGAGAACCCGUGACAACGGCGAGUUACAUUAACAGUCUAUCAAGUUUAGUCAAUUGCCAGCGAUGAAAAAACUAUACUAAUUGUAUUCUUAUAUGCGAUGUCAUGGUGCCACGAUUGUAUUGUUCAGAAAUUGAAACUCGGUUUAAAUCUUGUUAGUUCGAAUGAAGAGAAUGUAAACAUGGUGGCAUCAUGGAGUGCAUGACUGUUAUAUUUAUUUACCUCAUUCCUUCUGUGUUA